GUUCGAUUACUUUUAGAAACGUUCUUUUGGGUUUCUACACCAUGAACCAUCGACAAACAAACUGAACUUUUUGAAGUUGAUGUGGUAUUUAAACCACAAUCAUAUUCAUUCCUUUUUAAAGCAUAAAAUUAAUCUUAAUCCUUGAUAUAUAUGUAUUUUAGCAUAAAUUUAAUCCUAAAGGUGACUUCAAAAGAAGGUGCCUUGUUUUAAUCUCAACAGGUCAUGUCAACGAGUAUAUAUAUAUAUAUAUGUAUGUAUAUAUGUAUGUAUGUAUGAGCAUAACAGAUCACAUAAUUUGACCAUAUUUUUAUUUUAAUUUCAUUAAUUAUUGAGCAAUAUUGACCGCUUGCAGAGAAUGAGAUAAAUUAAAGGACACAACACAUGUUUGCUUCAAUUUCUUUUAAACAAACGGAAAUGCUUUAAUUAACGAGUCAUUUGACCAGUUGAUAUAUUACUAAAUACUUGAUUUCUUGGCAGGUAACUUUUGAGCUAUAAAUCUCUAUUUAUGUAUAAAUACAAAAGAAAGGAAUUGGUGAGUGAAUAGCAAAAACUGUUAAGUAAUUCUAUUUGUUUUUGUAAAAAAGAAUAAAACUAAAAUUGGAAAGAAAAAAAAAAAAAAAAAAAAACAAAAGGUAGUUGUGAAGUUAUGACAGAAUAUCCUCAUUCAUUUUUUUUUUUUAAAGAAGGCGAUAUGCAGUCACGACUUCACGUCAUGAUUAAAAAAAAAAGACGUAGAAAACAAAAACAGAGUGGCAAAACAGUGGCUCACCUCUUCCUUCUCUUUCUCUCCUCUGUUUCUUUCUUUCCUCUUUUACGCCCUUCCUCUUCUCCCCUCUCAUUCCUCCAUUUCUGUUCUAUACUGUGUUCUAGUUUCCAUGGCCGACCGUGUUCACCCCACUGUUAACCCUGACUCCGCUUCUAAUAAUCCCAAAGGCCCUCCUUCUGCCACCUACGUCAUCCAAAUCCCCAAGGACCAAGUCUACCGAAUUCCUCCUCCUGAAAACGCCGCCCGCUUCAACCUCUACACUCGCCACAACCAACGCCCCUCCUCCUGCCGCCGUUUCCUCUGCUUCAUUCUCCUACUCCUCUUCCUCUCGGCCAUUACUUCCGCUCUCUUCUUCUUAAUCCUCCAACCUGACCUUCCUCGCUACUCCAUUCUCGCUGUAUCCAUCAGUAGAAUCAAAUCGAACACCACCUCAAUCUCUCCCCAACUUAAUGUCACAAUACGAGCAGAAAACCAUAACAAAAAGAUCGGAAUCUACUACGAGAAAAACAGCAUCGUUUCCGUGUCUUUGUCGGAUGUGAUGCUGUGCGAAGGUGCAUUGCCGUUGUUGUACCAGCCGCCGAGCAACGUGACGGUAAUAGCAGUAAAGAUGAAAGGAUCUGGUAUUAGAUUGUCGAGUAGUACGGGGAAAGCAUUAAAGGAUUGGGAGAAGGAAGGGAGGGUAAGACUGAAGGUGGACGUGAGAGCUCCAAUAGAGAUGAAGUUGUACUGGAUGAAGGUGAGAUGGAGGAUUAGGGGGAAAGUAACAUGCAAGAUCUUGGUGAAGAAGGUGAUGGGAAAGACGAAAGUGAUGGAGGAAAAGUGUGAUCAUAGCAUGAAGCUGUGGUAGAAAAACACUAUCCGUAUCCAUCCAGGUUCGUUACUUUCCCUUUUUCCCAUACUGAUUGCAUUAAACGUUUCCUUCCCGCUCUUUUCUUUUUUUUUUUUCUUUUUUUUUUUCCCUUUUCCUCUCAAUUUUCUUCCUUUAUAAAAAAUAAAAUAAAAUAAAAACUUAAAUCAUGUGCGUGCUGUGUGGGAUUGCAUGAGAGCUCUUUUUUGUAAUUUCCUUUUUCUUAAGUUCGGUUUGAGGCUCUCAAUUCUAAUUUUUAGGAGAGCAAUUUUUGCUUUUUUUUUCUUUUUCUUUUCAUAAUAUUUUGAUAUUUUUCGAUGCAAGUGACCUAUAAAAAUACAUCGCGUAUUCAACUUUGUGUUUACGUAAAAUUAGAUAUGCACAAAUAAAUAUAAUACAAGAUGAACCUAAAUGAUUAGAAGAAAAAAAAAAUUUAAUUAAACUUUUAAAGACAAGAAGUUAAUUUAGUAUAUGCUCAA